CAACGUAGCCCGCCACCCGGACAGAUUUUCUCCUCCUGUUCACGCCCGCGUGCGCACUCUCCAGCUGAGCGACUGCCGCCGCCGCCCUAUGCCUGGUGCCCAGGUCUUCGCCGGUCCCUGCGCCAGAUCUUCGCCGGCCCCUUCGCUAGGUCUUCGCCGGCGACGAGCACUCGCCAGAUUUUGCUGAGAAAUUUCACUUUGAAGAUGGUUAAGCUCUUUUUGCAAGUGCCGGCAGAAUGUGAUAGUGUUAAUACAGCUGCCGUCGAAGAGAGGAAAACUCUUUUUCGCAAUGUUGAGUCCAUAAUCAAGUCAGUUACAAGAUCAGCAGGCAGGUAUGAAGCUCGGUUGUGGCUCUGCGCCACUGUCUCAUUGGUCCAUUCGCUCAGUUACCGUGGCCAGAGGGACCUGUUUCUUGAUCUCUUAGAGAUGAAGAAUUCCAGGCGUGAUGUCGCUGCUCGCUUGCUGCGGAUGAUUUUCGAUAAGAAACCCAAAAUGGUCGGGUCUAUUCUAGCAAGAAAAGGCCAUAUGCUGGAGGAGUUCUUCCGAGGAAACCCAAAGAGGAUAAUGCAGUGGUUUGGCCACUUUGCUGUUACUGGGGAAUCCACACAUAAAAAGGGAGCUAAGGCACUUUCUCAGUUUGCAUUUGUAAACCGUGACAUGUGCUGGGAAGAACUUGAGUGGAAAGGCAAGCAUGGGCAAUCUCCGGCUGUAGUUGCCACCAAGCCUCACUAUUUUCGUGAUCUUGAUGUUCUCCAGACAGUAGAGAAUUUCUUGGAGUAUGUCCCAGAUUUCUGGUCUUCUGAUGAGCUUGCUAAUUCUAUUAAAGAUGGUGAAAUACUGCAAAUCGAUGCAGAAUAUUUUGUAGAUCAAUUUUUGUACUUGAUGUAUGAGGAGAAUUCCAAAGAUGCAUGGCAUGCGGUUGAAGAUUUUUUGAUGGACGAGCAGUUCUCCUCUCUUUGCCAGCAUCUUCUUAUCCAUCUGGAUGAGCAUAGGCUUCUUGAUUUCUUAAAGUCUUUAGGCAAGCUCAUCAAUCCUACUUUGCAGUGCAAGGAAUUGGCAUUCCCAUGUUGUUGGCUUGAGGUUCUUUUAUCAGGACACUGUGAUCACAUAUCUUUUGAUGAUCUUGUCUUAUUGAACUGUGUCAUUGCCAAGGGUAGACAACUUUGGCGGCUCAUGAAUGAUGAAGAACAACACGAAGAAUGGGGGCAAAUGGAAGAACUUUUGAAGGGCGUAAAUCAUUUGACUGAUGCUGACCAUUUUGCUCUCAUGAAGGAACUUGUGGAGACAGAAUUACCUGAUAUGCUUAAGUGGAUAGGCAUUCAGUCCUGGGUAAUUUUCUGUGAUUUGUCGAAAGAAUGCAAAUCAGGAGAUUCUUGUGAAUCUUUGUUCUCUCGUAACAAAAUAGAAUUUCAGAAGGCUGAUGAUUACUCAUUGGUUCAGAAUGAUGGGUUCUCAAUUUCACAUAUGCAUGAUACUGAUGAUGAGGAUCUCACUGGAAGCCGCCAUAAAAGGAGAAAGGGGAAUAGGAGGAGAAAGCGGCAUAGGUAUGAUUCUGAUGAGGACAAGCUUGAUGAACUGCUUGAACUUGGAUCGUCUGAUGGAAAGAACGGUGUUGAGUCACAACGUGGAAGCUGGCGCCUUUCAACUGAUGGCUUCUCUGCUUCUUGGGACAUUGCAGACAUACCAGAUCACCUUUCUACUUAUUAUUUCACAGUUUGGGUAAAGUGGGCUUGCUUUAGAUGAUUCUCCUUGCAGUAUGUCAAUCCUGGUACCUUUUCAGCGACAAAUUCUAUGAGCAUGGAGCUCAGGCAUGCAUAUUUCUGCAUCAAAUCUACAAUAUUUUGGUGAUGGGUUCUGAUGAUUCAUUCUUGGAUUGCUGAAUGCUGGACAACCCUGUUUAGUUGGGCUUGCUGAAGGUUGAUGACACCUAUUGAAGAAUUUUGGCUGCAUAGACAUUGAAUAUGGAUCCAGGCAUUUCCUUGAAACCCAUUUGGAUUUUGGAGUUAGUUGCUGAGAUCACAGAUGCUGACUAAGCUAAGCAAAAACGAGUCUGUAAUUGUGUUGUCCAGUGGUAGCGACAUUUUGCUGACUACACCUGUUGUACAUGGAUACCAGAUUGAUACUGUGAAUUUCACAACCUUAAAGGAAUUCUUAGACACUUCCAGCUUUGCACUGUAUUCUGGUUCCUCAGUAUGCGCUGGGAAGUAUUGUAGACAUUUUGCUGACUACACCUGUUGUACGUGGAUACCAGAUUGAUACUGUGAAUUUCACAACCUUAAAGGAAUUCUUAGACACUUCCA